AUGCGCCAUGCGGCUCCAGGCCAGCAGGGGGCGCUGUGGACGGUGAAACAGCCCCCAGGGGAACUGUUGUGGUGUCCGGAAGAAGGACUCAGCAUGGCGGAUAUUUUUACCACUUCAUCCUUUGCUUUACAGUGUUAAUAUAAAUAUCGUAAAAUGAAUCCCGAAUGUAAAACCGUGGCGCUGCAGUGAGCUGUAUCUUCAGACACCAACGGCUGUUUUGCACACUGCGCAGGUCUGAGCUGGAGCAGCUGUUGACACCGCUGUCUGUCUUCUCUGCACACGUCCUGACUUGUGACCCAGUUUGGUUUGGUCUCCUGAGUGGGAUGAAACGUCAGGAGCCUGAACACAGAACAAAGAGGGUUUCAUCUUAAUUCAAAGAAGAACUAACCUCAGUGAAAACAAACCGAACACCAAACACUAACAAUGGGUGAAGUGACUGUCGAGGUAGAUGCGGAGGUGACAAAACAGGACUUCUCCUCAGACCCUCUGCCAGAGCCGCUGCUGAUAAUCCUCUCCCCACCUCCACCUUUCUUACCGGUCCCCGGUGAGCCGACGAUGUUUUGGCAUAAGUGGCGUAAAGCUUUCGAACACUACGUUGAGGCGCUCGGUGAGAACAAGCUCGUGGACUCCAGUAGGCGUGUGCUCUUACAGAACUGCCUUGGCCUAGAGGGCCAGCGUAUCUUCACAACACUGAUCCCGAGUGAAACCACCUAUGCGGCAGCCAUCUCCUCGCUGACGGUUUACUUCUGCUCCGAUCACAGCUCUCAGGUGCGCCGCCUUCAGUUCCAUCAGAGGGCUCAGAUGCCCGGAGAGACCGUAGAUGUUUUUGUGUCCGCGCUGGAAGAACUGCUGCGGCCUUGCAGCUAUGGAGACUUACAAGACGAGCUUAUUCUGGAUCAGCUGAUUGAGAAAACAAACUGCCCACAACUCCGAGAGAGGCUGCUGUUGGAGAGGGAAACUCUGACCUUGGACAAGGCAUUGGUCAUUGCUAAAGAGGUUGAAUUUGCUUUAAAUGAACCCGAACUGUUUGGUUUUCACGAGGUCAGUGUGGACAUCGGGGACGAUUUAGACUCUCCUGUUCAAAUAAAACGCAAAAGAGGGCGGCCUCGGCGCGGGGAGGGAAAGCCGAAAACCCCCGCAAAACCACGCUGGACUAAAACCCCGACAAGAUCAUCGAGAUACAAAGACAAUUACAGCAACAAUAAGCUACAUUAUUGUGAAAAUGAUGAUGUGUCUAAGAGUGACGAUGAAGCCUGCGAUAAAGCAGGUACUGAAAAUAAUGGAGCCUUGUCGUCGUCAUCACAGAGGAUGGAGGAGGAAGCCUGCGACAAUGCUAGUGAAUGUGUCGAUGAUGAUGAAGAAGAAGAAGAAGAUGAUGAUGAUGAUGAUGAAGAUGAGGACUUUUACCCGCCUAAACUCAAAGGCCCCUACUGUCCUAUCUGUAUUGACACGCGCUUCCGGGACGCAAACAAGCUCGCCAGGCACAUGAGGAUGCACACGAAGGAGAAACCGUUCCGCUGCCCCGUGUGCGUCAUGACAUUCAGCCAGUCCUACCACAUGACCCGGCACAUGAGGAAGAAGCACGGCGCGGGCCAGUAUGUCUGCCCCACGUGUGGGAAAAGUUUGGAGAGCUUUGCGGGGCUGCAAAGUCACAAGAGGGCGCACGCGUCACGAGUUCUGUCCUGUACCGACUGUCACGAAAAAUUCACUGACAACGAUGCGUUCUCUAGUCACGUCAUGUCACAUAGCGAAGACCGCUCGACCCAGGCAGAGGGACCGAGUUCUCAGCAAAGUGACCAAGCGAAAAGCAAAGAAAUAGUCGAUUCACGUAACACUGAUAAUUACGACGAUAGCGGGGAUGAUAAUGGGGAUUCUCAAGAUAAAGAAUCUAAAGUUAAUGUUAAGAUGGAAGAGAAGGACACCGAUGGAGGUAAAUCUCAAGAUGAAGACAGUCUGAAAGAAAAAGUUGCCAAAACAAAAGGCCAUUUCUGUCACAUCUGCGUCGGCAGGCGCUUCAGAGGGCCGAACAAACUCGCCAGACACAUGAGGACGCACACGAAGGAGAAACCGUUCAGCUGCCCGGUGUGCGCUAUGACCUUCAGCCAGUCCUACCACAUGACCCGGCACCUGAGGAAGCAGCACGGCUUGGGCCAGUACAUCUGCGAAAAAUGCGGGAAAAGUUUAGGGAGCUGGCUGGAGCUGAAAGCGCACAAGAAGACUCAUGCAGUUGAAGGUCUGACGUGUCUCGCGUGCGACAAACAGUUCAAGGAGAAGGCUGCACUUGUGAGUCAUCUCAAAUUACACAAGAAAGUCCAGUCCAGCCCUCGGAGCCUCAUCUGCAGCGACUGCGGCAAAGUAUUUGGUCGAAUGUAUCACCUGAAAAGGCACAUAGUGACCCAUCGCAAAGCAACAAACGGGGAGGCUUACACGUGCCCCGAUUGUCAGAAGAAUUUUGCCUUCCCAGAAGACCUCAACAAACACUUGGAGAUCCAUGUGAAAGAAAACAAUGGGACUUGUCCAAAGUGUAACGAAACCUUCAGUAGUCCAGAAGGUCUGGAGACGCACAUGGGGGUUCAUGAAAAGUCUUACGCCUGCAACACCUGUGGGAAGAAGUUUAAGGUGGAGUACGCUCUGAAGAAGCACGAGCAAGGCCACCAAAAUCAGCAGUAUUACUGUUCUUUGUGCCGCAAACGCUUCGUCAAGCUGUCUCACUACAAGAGGCACGUAAUGGUCCACGACAGACGGGAAUCGAGGUGUCCGCACUGUGACGCCGUCUUUCUGCAGUUAACGGCUUUGAAGUAUCACCUGCGGACUCAUACGGAGGAACGGCCGUUCCAGUGCACCUGUUGUAUCGAGACCUUUGAGGAGAAGGAGGAGCUCGAGCAGCACCGCUUCAAACACAGGAAAUUCAAGAAGGAGAGGCCGUACUCGUGCACUCGGUGCGAUGCCGCUUUCUCAACACUGAUUGAGCUGACAGACCACAUGAGCUCACACGACGGAGAGCAGCCGAUGAACUGCCCCGUCUGCGGCAGGACUUUCCUCAACAAGAACAAGAUGGAGAAGCACCUGGGCAUCCACUCGGGGGAGAGACCUCAUCUCUGCUCCAUCUGCGGCAACGGCUUCCCGUCGGCCGCCAGCCUCAAGUUGCACGUCCACAUCCACACGGGAGAGAAGCCCUUCCAGUGUCUGCAGUGCAGCAAGAGCUUCAGGUCAUCCAGCGGGCUGCGGCUGCACAGCAGGCAGCACAUGGAGGUGCGGCCCAGCUACGAGUGUCCCGAGUGCGGCAGGACUUACGGUCGCAUGACGGAGCUGAAGAUGCACCAGCGCUAUCACACGGGCGAUAAACCGUACGCGUGCUCCUGCUGCAACAAGCGCUUUAUAAGCAAAGACAAACUGAACGUUCACAUGAGGAUACACACGGGGGAGAGGCCGUACUCCUGCCCCCGCUGUGGACAGACCUUUACACAGACCGGAGACAGAAACAGACACAUCACUAAAUACCACUAGUUAGAUGCUGUAGAGACCGUGAACUCCUAGGAACUUGUUGCAUUUGGAUGAUGGCGGCGGUGGUUUUGCAUAUUUGUAGGCGCUGGUAGCAGUCGGAAUAGAAUCGGACUCUGAUUAUUCACAUUAUUUGAUCAAGAAUAAGAAACCAAAAUAAGCUGUAGUAGGCAGAUUUAGGCUACCACGAACACUAAAAUGUGAAAUGAUUAGGUUGUGUGGUUGUUUUUUUGGUAAAUUAAAGAAGAACAUCGAUGUUAUCCGUUGUAGAAUAGAAUAGAAUUCAAAACACGGCUUUAAAUUAUCGACCAGUGGUCAAUCAAUAAUAAUCCUUAUUUAUAUCGCACAUUUCAUACAGACUAUGUAGCUCAAAGUGCUCUACAUUUAAAAAUAAAUAAAAACAGAAAACUUUCCUUUUAGAGAAAGCAUGCAUUUCUGUGAAAUCAACACCUCACUGACAGUUUCAAGUAUCAACAAAGACGAAGCAUUACAAGUGCUUCAAGGUCUAUUUACUCCUAUUACUUUUCACUUCUUCUAAGGAAUAUUAACACGUAUUUCUACAAAAGCCUUUGUUCAGUAUGAAUUCAAUGGUUUCAAGGAUAGUUUAUUGUUAUUAUGCAACACGGGUUGCAGCUAUUAUUCAACAGCUUGUUUUACUGCUUUUUGCAAAAACACAUUUACAUUUGGAUCAUGGAUUGUGCUUUUAAGGGUGGUCUGAUAUCUAAGACUCCACACCCGCUGUAUAAUAGCCACCUUCUCAGUGCAGCAAGCAAAAACGUGCAAAACCACAGAUUUUUUUUUUUUUUCGUGCUACUACAAGCCUUUACUUUUGUUUCACCAUCCCAACAGUUUGUAGCUUCUGUGCUGUUUUCUGCCAGCUUCACACCUGGACUUUGUUCUAUAUCACAACAUUAGCACUUCAUACAAAAGCUCUGCAUGAGGGUUUAGUCCUUGUAGCUCCUCCCUCUUACCCCUGUGCCUGACGCGCCCUCUUCACACAGCAAGCACCUCGUUUUACCAACAAACACACACUAGUGACCGGCAUGCCAAUAGUUCUUUGACCUCCAGAGCUUUUUUGUUCAACUUGUUUGCCCAAAUCUGGGGCUAGAAACUGGACUCAAUCACGGUCACUCAAAUGACACUAAAAGACGUCAGAGGUUUAGUUUCAGUGCUUUUGUACUGUGCUCCCCUGCCACAGUAUGUUGUCGUAUGUUUGUUUUGGUUCAUUUUUUGAAUUUUUUUUUUAUUUAGCCAUCUCUGUAUCCAGGUGCUUUGUAACUGUGUUUAGAAAAGUGCCAUAAGAAUAAAACAAUUAUUCACCCUGCUUGCACAUGUAAGGAGGUUUAUGAAUGGUAUUUGAAAAAGGUAAACAAAAGAGAAGAGAUAAAUAAAGUGGUCUCGCAGGUUUUCCCCUCGGUUCCAACAUGCAGAUAAAUAUUUUGCAGCCAUGAGAUCUGUUUUUAAGUUAUCUCUCCCGAAAUGUAAGAAUAUUUUUGCCCUCAUUGAAGAAUUUCUGGGCAUUUAAUUGAUCUAAAACUAGAAAUACCAAAUGUAAAAAACAUAAAGUAUAUAUACAGUAUAUUAUAAUAAUCUUUGGAAAGAACAAGAUUAUUUUACGUUUUCAUUUUAAACAUAAAUGUGGAAAUGAAAAUGAGUGAU